GCGUAUUUUUCGAAUCGAAAAAUUUUUUUGCAACUUUUUUACUUACAAAAAAACCUUUGAUAAAAGGAAGUUUUUUGGUUUACAUUUUACCAGUUGUUUUUUGAGGUUAGGUCCCCGGUUUGUCGAAAAGAUGAACAAUUUCGAUGUAAUUGAAUUCGGCUUUAACAAUGCCGAUGAAACAAUUAACUUUGGAACCCGGAAUUUAUCGGAUGCAGACAAUUUGUAUGAAGCCAUAACAUUAGCCACCCUUAAAUCUUCCACAGGGGUUGAAGCACAAUCAAACCCGUACAUCAGUGCUAUUGUGAAGAAUGGCUCCGUUUUUUUCAACAUUGAUAAUUCGAUGCGGAUUUUUGAAGACAAACAGUGUUCCAGUGUCAUUUUCGAUGCAACUUUUAAUGCAGUUGUCGACUCCUUUUGUAUUUCCUUAAACGGAGAAUUUCUUUUAAUUUGUCUCAGGAGUGGCACAUUGCAUUUACUUGAUUGCACGGAUGGAUAUAAAACUGUCUUUAAGAAGGCAUGUGAACGUGAUGAGAACGCCGAUCAGUUUUUUAUCAAUUCAUUUUGUCAUGAAAAUUAUUUUCUGGUUGUCACAAAACUUGGAAAAAUUCACCAACUAGAGUUGACAGAGUUUAAAUUGGAAUGUGUGCACGAGUUUCAUUUCACAACUCAAGUUUCAAGCUAUGAAUACCCUUUUCUGUUGCUUAAUGGUUCAAAAUUGGGGGUUUUUAAUUUUGAAGACCAUUCUUAUGAGAUUUAUGAUGGAGACCAACACUUUAAAAAAUUAUUCCCUUUAAAAAACAAGUUUCUUGCCUUGGAUUUCGAAGGGAAUUUGUACAAGAUUUGUGCCAUAACUUUGCUCAUUUUUCCAAUGAAUAAUUCUAACUUAUACAAAGAUAUUUUUUUAAUAUCUGAUCCAAAUGUUAAACAAGUUGUUGUAGCAGUAGACAUAGGAGAGGAAAAAUCUCUUCAGUUACUUUUAUACCCCGAUUUGACUAAGAUUUAUGGGUUGAAAGUGAGAAAUGACAUUCAAUUAAUAUCUCCCGAAUGCCCAAACGAUGAGCUUUUGUACAUUUCCAAAAUCUUUGAGAACCACUCUGUGUCGGAAUUACGUUUCCACAUGGUUAUCGAGAGUGAUGCCGAGCAAAGACUUUAUAGAUUAUUAAAAAAACGCAAGUAUGAAGAAGCGGAAAAGUUUGUGGCCCUUUUUCACUUGAAUCAGAGUCUUGUGAACGAAGCUAAAGCACAAGAUAUCGUCGAUAAACGCACUUGCAGUAGCGAAGACAUUCAACAAUUAAUCAAUUUGUUGAAUAUAAUCGACAAUAACGUGUUUAAACUGCAGUGUUGUUUGGAAGUUUCGUGUUCGACAUUUGAGGAUGUCCGCAAAAUCCUUGAAUAUGGUUGUACACUUCAGUUGAAAAAACAAGACAAGGAUGCUGAAGAAUUGCAAAAACGUGUAAUUGAUAUCAUGGAAAGAUUUCAGACUUUUGGGGCGAUUUACACAGGCGCUGAUUUGGUUUUGGAGACUUGGCAACAAUUUGCCCAAGCUGAUCUAUUAACUGAAGUCAAAUAUUUUUUGCAAAAUCAUGAAAUCGACGAAGCCAAAAUGAUUUAUAGCCGCCUAGACGAGUCGACAAUAGAAACCCUAACAAAUGAAAAAAUUUCAGACGUUCUAAGCAUUUUGAAUAUGCAAUCACUAUCCACCUGUCAGUCGUUUCUAUCAACAUUUAUUCCACGCACACUUACGCACCACCCAUCCACUCUUUCUUUAUUCAUUACAUGGACACGCAACAAAGUGUAUAAUUUGGAACAACAUUCAAGGAGCGAUUUUCCAACCAAUGCCAUCAAAUUAACGGAAAAAAUAAUCGAAUUGAUGAAAAUUGCCGACGUGGAUGACAUCUUCUUCCAAAGACAAUACGUUUUGCAUAGAGAUAGUUUAUUUGAAUUGUUGGUAGCACUGAAAACCAUUAAAACACUCAAAGGCGAAUACAAAAUAAGUAUUCGUGUAAGUGAUUACUUGUCAGGGCUCCAAAAUCUAAUCAGAAUUUUACUCAACGUGGAUAUGUGUCCCAAAGAUUACGAUUAUUUCCUCAAAAACUUCUUAUGUAAAUAUAUUGUCGACAAUCACAUGGAUCUCAACAUGAUACUUUUAGAGGAAAUCAAGAAUUUGAUCAAGUACGACGAGAGUUAUUGGGUGAACAUUAUUACUUUGAUUUUGGACUGUAUUACUUCAGUAAAAGUUAAGUUGGAGGGGGUUCAAGCAAUUUUGACUUUUGCUAAAGUACCAUGGAGUAACUCAGUAAGGAAAAUUGCAAAAGAUUCGUUACAAUUUCCACAUGAAUUAACUUCGGAAAUUACUAAAUUAAUCGAGAAUGAGCCAGGACUAGUGGUAUUGAGGAGACCUGAAUACAAAAUAAGGGGAACAAGCAUUGAAAAACUCAACGAUUUUGAAGUUAUUGUGAAACGAAUCAUUUAUUGUAAUCGGCCAACGAUGAUAGAAGAUGUUUAUACUCUUUGUAAAAACAAAGAUUACAAACAAGUCGCUACCAACCAACUGGCGAUACAUUUUACCAAAAUAGGGAGUUUGGAUAAAGCUUUAAGCAUAAUUGAUAACAAUCAAGAUGAUGUCCAAGAAUUGUGUAUGUGGGCCGAAAAUAUGGUCAAUCAAGAGUUGCGGAUCCGAGAUAAAAGGAUAAUUGAUAAUUCUUACACAAUUUCGGGUCCACUUUUUGAGCGAUUGAACGACAAGACAGAUAACUUCACUUUAGAUUUGAAAAAUGUGUACAAGUUGAGGCAACAUUUUGCAAUAAAGACCACCACUAAUGAAUUGCGAAGAAACAAGAACAAAAUCAUUGAUGAAAUUCUCGAAACUGUGCGACUUGAGUUCGAAGCUGAAAAACAAACUAUCAAUGGAGUAUUUUCGACUUGUUAUAAACUUUCACUUUGUAUGAGUUGGGACUAUUUUGACGUUUUGAUACGUUUCUGUGAAAAAACUGGUGAUUAUAAUAUGAUUGUGAAGACUGCGGAAAAAGUCCUCGAUCGGGAAAAUUCAACUAAGAAUCUUUGUCUGAUGGCUGUUUUGCUAUUGGGAUACGUUGGAACGUAUAAAUUGCAAUUAUCGGAUACUUUUUUGGAUGAUUCAGAUACGAGUUUAAUUGUUUCUAAUUCUGAUCAUGUCGUUAGUGGCGAAGGUUUACGAAUAGCUGGAGCUAUUAUAGCCAAAGCGAUGAGUAAAGCAGAACCAGAUGAGAUUAUGCCAUGUGUUGAAAUUGCAGAUUGGGUUAAUGUUUCGUUUCAUUUCACUAGGAAUCCGGAGAGUGAUUUGAAGAAACAAUUGUUUGGAGAGAAUUAUAGACCAGUUCCUAUGGUCUCGGGAUUUCAGACUUUUUCAGUCAUUAAAUUGAUUUUUAAUGCUUUCUGUGGAUUUGUAGAGAAGAAAAAGAGCCUAAACAGCAACUACCUGACCCACUUGAAGAACCGUCUUUUAACCGAGGAAGAGUUUUUCCAAGAAAUCAAGUCUCUAAUUCCUCUAUUGGAAAAUUUGAGUAAACAAGGCCAAUAUUAUACUUCAUUCACAAUCAUUUCAACUCUAAAAAAUUGUUUGAUGCAAGUUAACACACCACCUACAAAUUUAUUGCAACUCCUUAACGAAGUAUUGAAAAAGAAAUGUAUUCCUAAAUUAUUAUCAGCCAUUGUCAAUAGUAACACUAUCGACACAGAUCUUUUGUACAAUUUGUUACUAUUAUGCGAUCGCGAUGACGCAACAAAAUUCAUCUUUAACGCUCUGCGAAUCUAUAAAAGACAACCGAAAAAAUUCGAUUGUAUCAUUCGAACAGGCCUCAGACUGUGGGAUCAUUACGAAUUAACAGCGGGGAAACGUGAAAUGUUGGACACAUUGAUUACUCUCAAAUGGUGGAAAAAAUUCGAAGAGAAGAAAUUACCUUAUGAUGACUUUUUUAAGAGCAAACCGGAAGCACGUUUCGAAUUUUUGGUAAACUUUAAUUGCCUUGAUAUGAAUUUGGUUAAUGACUAUUGCAAAGAUUAUAAUCUUGAUCCUGAGGCGUGUUAUAAAUUUUUCCUAAGGCGAGUUUUACAAAACUGGAAACCAGAUUAUGAAAUUAAGACUGAUGAUUCAAAUCGGCGAUAUUUAAUCGUAAAAAACAGUGAAGAAGAGCUCUUAAAGAAAUGUCGCGAAAUUAUGCAGGGUUUGGAGAGGAAAGAAGUUUGUGAUAUUAUUAAUAAUGUGAAAAAUUCAAUUAAUACCUACUAUUAUGAAGUUUUCAUCACGAUGCUUGAAAUUUUAUCGGAAAUUGCCCCUGAAGACUGCCAAUGUAACCAAUUGGCAAUGUUGUACUUUUUGAAAAAUUAUCAAAGAAUGAGCAAACCCAGUCAAACCGAAAUCGAGCAAUGGUACACGAGUUUCCCCGAUGCUCAAGUCGUUGAUGUUUUAUCCGAAUUUCGACUUUCCUUCACUCCACUCUUAUUUACAAAUCAAAUCUUCAGUAUAAUCCGUCCUGAAGUCAAUUUGAAAACCUAUCAUUUGUGGUUUAACACAAUUAAAAUCCUUAGUCCACAUCUCUCCAAAGACCAGAUUUGUUCUUACGCCGUGAAAGACGUUGUUGCUAGUGGUGUGUUAUCAAAGGGUGAAACCGGUUGGGUUUUAACUUCCAAACAUGAAGAUUUAUUAAAGGAGAUCGACGACUGUGUAACAAACAUCACUGAUCCCGAAUGGGCAACGUCAGUAAUGUACCACGUGAUGACAAAUACUUGCCCCGGAUUGGACCAAGUCAACGCUGCAACUAUAUGCUACAAAUACGCUGAAAAAUAUCGUCGAUUGAACCCGAGUUCGAGUGCAGUCGAGAAGGCUGUAACUAAAGUUGAGAAGAAAUAUUUUAUGUGUCGUACCAUGCACAUACUGCACACUUAUCACUUGGCUGAUAAGAAAUACAUGGAUUUAGUGACUAAACCCAAUGAAUUGAUUCGGACUUUGUAUCUAGACGAUCGCAUUUUGAGCGAAUUUCAUGGACUUGAGAUUAAUAAAGCGUGCGAGGCUUUAGCCGAGCUGUUUCAAUUGGAUAUUCGGAAAAUUCAUACAAAGUUGAUUAAUAUGUGGCUGGAUGAUGAAACGUCAGUUGAUUUUGAUUCAUCGAUGAGUUUCUCAUCCAAUUGUGAAGAGGAAGGUUGUUUGAAAAGAAUUGCGUAUAUUUGUAAUUAUGAAGUCAAUUAUUGGCAAACUUUGCUUUUUCAAAUCGGUAAUGGAGACGAAACAACGGUUCAACCGAGGAGUACACGAUGUAAAGCCAAUGCUUUGAGAGUAUUUACGAUGAUUUCCGAUGUUGAUACUAUUGCCAAGAUCGCACAAGCGAAUUAUGAAGAGUUGAUGUUUUUUAUUAAUAAGCUCACAAUUAUUAGUAAUUUGGAGUGUUUUGGAUUCGGUUUAGACAUUACAGCUUUAGAUCAGUCCAACAUAAAAGAUUUGUUGAAUCGGUUGGUUCGACUAGCGGGAAAUACACUUGUUGUUAAGACAAUGGCUUUGAUUUGUAUGACAUAUCACAGUUAUAGUACGAAAUACUGGGAAUUUAUUUUAAACAACGCCAUCAAGUUUUCUAUGUUUGCAGAGUUGAAGACUUACGUGACUUUCCUCAAGAAAAGCAAAUAUCACUACAAGAGUUUUUAUAUAAAUGCUUGGCAAAAAUUGAUUGAUCACUAUUUUACUGAUUUGAAUAGUGUGCAAGAUUUGGAUAAAACUUUGCUUAAACAUUUUGUAACAAUUCAGUCUUGUCCGGUUUUGUACAGUCUUAACUUUGAGUAUGCAUUCCGUCGUUGUAUGGAGACUAAGAAACAGGUGUUUGCCGCUGUUUUGUUGCAAUAUCUGCGUAACAAUGAAAAUUAUUCCUCGUUUGUGGAGGAAUUACGUAAUUGUGACAAAGAUAUAAUAGCAGAUUUAAGUUAUUUGGACUCUAUCAUUAUUGGAACCUCCAAUGUCCGGGAGAUGUUGUCUAAAUAAAAUAAGUAAUAGAUAAGUUGUUAAUGGUUAGUCCUUGGUUUGAUCAAAAAGAUGAGCAAUUUCGAUGUGAUUGAAUUCGGAUUUAACAAUGCCGAUGAAACGAUUAACUUUGGGACCCGGAAUUUAUCGGAUGGAGACAAUUUAUAUGAAGCCAUAACAUUAGCCACCCUUAAAUCUUCCACAGGGGUUGAAGCACAAUCAAACCCUUACAUCAAUGCUAUUGUGAAGAAUGGCUCCGUUUUUUUCAACAUUGAUAAUUCGAUGCGGAUUUUUGAAGACAAACAGUGUUCGUUCCAGUGUCAUUUUCGAUGCAACUUUUAAUGCAGUUGUAGACUCCUUUUGUAUUUCCUUAAACGGAGAAUUUCUAUUAAUUUGUCUCAGGAGUGGCACAUUGUAUUUACUUGAUUGCACGAAUGGAUAUAAAAUUGUCUUUAACAAGGCAUAUUCGUGUUCGACAUUUGAGGAUGUUCGCAAAAUUCUUGAAUAUGGUUCUACACUUCAGUUGAAAAAACAAGACAAGGAUGCUGAAGAAUUGCAAAAACGUGUAAUUGAUAACAUGGAAAGAUUUCAGACUUUUAGGGCGAUUUACACAGGCGCUGACUUGGUUUUGGAGACAACAAUUUGCCCAAGCUGAUCUAUUAACUGAAGUCAAAUAUUUUUUGCAAAACCAUGAAAUCGACGAAGCCAAAAUGAUUUAUAGCCGCCUAGACGAGUCGACAAUAGAAACCCUAACAAAUGAAAAAAUUUCAGACGUUCUAAGCAUUUUGAAUAUGCAAUCACUAUCCACCUGUCAGUCGUUUCUAUCAACAUUUAUUCCACGCACACUUACGCACCACCCAUCCACUCUUUCUUUAUUCAUUACAUGGACACGCAACAAAGUGUAUAAUUUGGAACAACAUUCAAGGAGCGAUUUUCCAACCAAUGCCAUCAAAUUAACGGAAAAAAUAAUCGAAUUGAUGAAAAUUGCCGACGUGGAUGACAUCUUCUUCCAAAGACAAUACGUUUUGCAUAGAGAUAGUUUAUUUGAAUUGUUGGUAGCACUGAAAACCAUUAAAACACUCAAAGGCGAAUACAAAAUAAGUAUUCGUGUAAAUGAUUACUUGUCACUUCAACCCCUGUGGAAGAUUUAAGGGUGGCUAAUGUGAUGGCUUCAUACAAAUUGUCUCCAUCCGAUAAAUUGCGGGUUCCAAAGUUAAUUGUUUCAUCGGCAUUGUGAAAUCCGAAUUCAAUCACAUCGAAAUUGCUCAUCUUUUUGAUCAAACCAAGGACUAACCUUAAAAAACAACUAUUUAGAAAAGUAGUUGGAAAAUUGAAAAAUCACAUUAGAAAAAGACGUGACCAAAAUUUCCUUUUAUCACAUUAGAAUUAAUUUUACCUGGUAAAAUGUACACCAAGACGUGACCGAAACUUUUCUUUAUCAAAGGUUUUUUUGCAAGAAAAAAACUUGCAAAAAAUUUUUUCGAUUCGAAAAAUACGCGAUUCUAAUUGUUCAAUAAAAAUAACUGUUUUACAGUGCUACCAAAAUGUUGAAUAAAUCUUAAAUAUAAUUUUUUUGUAAAGUAAUAUGAAAUAUAAAAUUUUAUAAAGUAAUGUUUUAAUG